AUGGUGUUCCGAGCCGUCGCUCCAAUCAAGAAAGGGCAGGAAGUCCUUGAUCGCUACAGCACUCCUCUUGCGGACCGGUUCCAAUGGACCUUGCACACUUUGGCGGCUCAUGAGAUGCGCGAUGCUACCUAUGAGGCUACGCUGCGCUUGUUGCAGGCACUGCCGACAGUGGUCUUGGAAUCACCAACCUCGCAGAACACCGUGGCUUUUGUCAACGGCACAUCCCCCUCCAUCGACAGCGCCAGCUCCGAACUGGCUUUGUCCAAGUCCCGCAAGAUCAUGCUGCAGAGUCUGCGACGCAUGGAGAGCAAGGAACCGGGGAGCGGCCGCUUGACCGCAGACUUCCACGAGGGCAGGAAAUUCGUGCAGCAGACCACAGAACAUGUCGAGUUGGCCAGGAGCUCAAAGAUUCUUACUUUGCAGCUGCCGCUGAGACACGACAGGGCCGACUCAAAGAGCUGCCCCUUGCUCCACCGGAGGCGGAACAAGACAGCCCAGGUGCGUUGUCUCAACCUCCUUUGCCCGUUGAGCUUUCACUUCGAGGGUCGGAGCUCCUGCUUGGAGCUUCGCGCAGAGCUGGCACGACGUGUCUCUUUAGCAAGGCCCUUCCACUUCGGCGAGGUGAAGCUAUGGGCAGAGCUUUUCGAACGAUUCAAGAAGAUGGAGGAGGCCGGGGCGACCUUCAGCGCCGAGGAGACCACCUUGCGAGCAGAGGUAGAUCGCGAGCUGGCGCGCUGUGCCGAAUUUUGGCAGGGUGUCGGUACUCUUCCAGCAAGUGGGAGUGAAGGACAACAGCUGAAAGAGAUCCUCGGCGACAGCUUACAGGACUAG